AUGCCGCCAAAGCAGCUGCGCAACCUCAGCUACCAGGCGCCCGAGACGCCCGCCUUUCUCCGGGCCUUCAAGGCGCAAGUGGCCGGGUCCUCGUCUUCUUCGACGGGCGCAGCACGCCGAGGGGGCGAACCACGCCUCGAAGACCUCCUCGCCGGUCGACCCUCGUCUCCGGGCCGGCAUGGCGGCGGCGGCGGCGACGGCGGCGGCGGCGAAGGAGCGUCUUCGAACGCCAACGCAGAUGUCGACGGCGAUGACAGCGACGAGGAUGACCUGUCGUUUGCGCAGGUCGUGGUGCUCAAGGACGGCAAGCAUCUCACUCGGGAAGAGGCCGAGGAGGCGCGGAGGCAACAGCUCCUCGAUCAGACGGCCACCUCCGACGAUGACCGUAGCGGCACGUCGGCGUCCAACCUGCUCCGGGAGGCACUCGAUCCAUCCGCGGCAUCGUCGUCGAAGCGCGCAAAACGGGCAGCAUCCUCGCCAGGCGACGGCGGCAACCUCGAAGACGUCAAGAAGCUCCUGCGCCAGGAACAGGAGCGCAAGGCCCAGGUCGAGCGCGAGUCCAAACGACAGUCGGUCCAGGACGAAAAGGCGCAGAAGCAGAAGGCCAAGAACAAGGCCGCGCGGGCCGAAAAGAAAAAGAGCGGCAAGGGCCUCAGCUUCUCGAUGGACGACUGA